AUGCAGUCCAGCAGGAGAGCCUAAAAAAAACCCACAAGCAAACUCCGAAGAAUAUUGCUCAACCUCCUCCUCUCUGACAAGGAGCUGCCCUGCUGAGAACAAUUCUCUGCAAUCAGUGAGGAAGGAGUUUUACUGUGCCAGCUCUGCAAUAAUGCUUCCCUCUCUGCAACAACAGGAAGAGAAGUGAGGCGCACAGAGAUGACAUCACUAGAGGAUGAAGAAGAGAGGUGCUAUGAUUCAGGGGUCAUGGGCAGGUCUAAGGCAACGCUGGUGCUCUACAAUAGACACUUCUAAGUUCAGAUUCUGAUAAUGCCUGGUGUGGAGAACAGUUAGAAAUGAGUGAUAAUAAAAUACUCGGAGGCAACAACAUGUUGCUGAACUGCCUUCUUAUCGUGUUGCUGUUGGGAGCCAAUUUUGUUGACUGUACAGGACAGAAGGGGCACAUAUCUGUUAUCCUUGUAGGGGCCACUGGGGACCUAGCAAAGAAGUACUUGUGGCAAGGACUCUUCAAUCUCUACCUGAAUGAAGCUGAUAGGGGACACAGCUUUAGUUUUUAUGGAGGUGCUCUUUCACCCCCAGAAAAGGCAGAGGGUUUAAUGUUUGAUGUACUAAAGUCUCUUCAAUGUCCCGGGGAUGUCACACCAGACAGAUGUGCUCUGUUGAAAGACCAGUUUCUUAGACUCGGCCGUUACAGACAGCUGAAGACUGCUGAGAACUAUACAGCACUGAACCAGGACAUACAAAAUACAAUGUCAGAGGAGGGACUACAUGAGUCUGGCAGGUUAUUCUAUCUGUCUGUGCCGCCAUUUACAUACACUGAUAUUGCUCGCAGCAUCAAUGCCACUUGCCGACCACUGCCCGGUGCUUGGCUGCGUGUUGUCUUAGAGAAACCUUUUGGACAUGAUUAUGCAUCUGCACAACAACUGGCCAGUGACCUACAGAUGUUCUUCAAAGAGGAGGAGAUCUAUAGGAUUGAUCAUUACUUGGGAAAGCAGACAGUUGAACAGAUUCUGCCUUUUCGACGACAGAAUAGAAAGCAUCUAGAUCCCAUUUGGAACCGAGAAUAUGUGGAGCGCGUAGAGAUUGUUCUAAAAGAAACCGUUGAUGCAAAAGCACGCACUAGCUUCUACGAGGAAUAUGGUGUCAUACGAGAUGUCAUCCAGAACCACCUGACAGAAAUCUUGACAUCUUUAUCGAUGGAGGUACCUCUUAAUUACAGCAAGUCAUAUGAUGUCCUACAAGCAAAACUGGAGGUAAUGAACUCUCUUCAAAGCCUUGAUCAUAGCAGUGCUGUCAUUGGCCAGUAUCAGGACUAUCUCAUGCAGGUCAGGGAGGAGCUGGAAAAAAACUCCAAUUUCUUCACAAACACUCAAACCUUUGCAGGUGUGUUGGUUCAAAUAGAUAACACUCGAUGGGAAGGGGUUCCAUUCAUUUUAACAUCCGGAAAAGCCCUGGAUGAGAGAACUGCAUACGUUCGGGUUCUGUUCAAAGACAAUUCCUUCUGUCUUCAGAAAGAGGAAAAGACUGGGAGAGCAUUCUGUAAAAGGAAACAGAUUAUUUUUCACAUUGGCCAUGGGGAUUUAGGAUUUCCAGCUAUUUUAGUUAGCCGUGGACUUUUUAAACCAAAGUUUCCCUCAAGUCAAUGGCGAGAAACAACAGAGCUUCCCUUACUCCAUUUGUUUGGGCAGGCUCUGAGUGAUUAUUAUGUGUACCGACCUGUUCAGGAGAUGGAUGCAUAUUCCUUAUUGAUUUCUAAUAUAUUCUAUGGAAAGAAGGAAACUUUUGUCACAACAAAGAAUUUAUUGUCUUCUUGGAAAUUCUGGACUCCACUUCUGGAAAUUCUGGAUAGAGAGUCACCUAGAGUGUACCCGGGAGGCUCCGAAAAUGAUCAGUUGCUCGACUUUGUGAUAGAGAAUGGUGGCUUGCGGUUUGCAGCAGUUGAGCCGUUGGAAAUAAUGGGCAUGGAGCAAAAGACAAAUAGUUUUGCUUCUAUCCAUUCUACCUUCCUUGGCAAUUCAAUGGUGUCCAAUUGGGAUGAACAACUGAUAGAGAAAUUAGCACAGGAUAUACAGCUGGCAGCUGAAUCUGCAGUGCAGCACUCAGGAGUUUUUCACCUUGCACUCUCAGGUGGUUCCACCCCAUUGGCUUUAUUUCAGAGGUUAUCUAAGCAUCACCAUGGUUUCCCAUGGAAGCGCACCCACUUAUGGCUUGUUGAUGAGCGUUGUGUACCUUUCACAGAGCCAGACUCAAACUUUGGCAACAUUGAAAAGUACCUUCUGCAGCAUGUGAGAGUACCUUAUAUAAAUAUUCAUCCCAUGCCAGUGGACAGGAACCAGAGAAUUUGUUCAGAGGAAGACCUUGGCACAGAGGUGUAUGCUAAAGAGAUUUCUGCUCAUGUUAGCAAUUCCAGCUUUGAUAUGGUGCUCCUGGGAUUGGGCAACGAUGGUCACACAGCCUCCAUAUUCCCAGGAGCACAGGACGGAAUUGAAGGAGAUAAACUUGUGUUGUUUACUGAAAGUCCCGGGCAUCCAUACCGGAGGAUGAGCUUAAGUCUCUCUCUGAUCAACAAAGCUCGCAAGGUUGCAGUGCUAGUUCUGGGAAAGGGCAAGCAUGACAUUGUUACACUGAUAAGCCGUGCAGAAAGGAACCCUAUCAAAUGGCCAAUCUUUGGCAUUAAUCCGACUUUCGGAAAGCUGGUGUGGUACAUCGAUUAUGAUGCUCUGUUGAAGUAAAACUUCACCGUGUUUUGGUUCACCUAAGUGCCUUUUCUGUGCCCUACCAGAAAGAUUUUCUAGAUGAAGGUACAUUUUUUAUAUAGAGUAGAGAAGCUUUAAUUUGACUGCAGGGAAACCCCAAUAAUGCCAGAUAAUUCAGCACAGACCGUGCAAGUUCCAUGAAACCAACCAAGCCACAGAUAGUUUAUAUCCUGAUCUGACCACAUUCUGAAAGAAAGCUGAUAGGCCAGCAUUUUCCUGUAUGGCACAACUUUCUCCAUAAAACUGGUUCAUUUAUAUAUGUAGAGAAUUGAGUAAGACCAUAGCUAUGUUCCUUAUUUGCCCUCUGUGCCUCAUUUGCCCUCCGCACCCUAGAUUUUACUUCAAAAAGCCUUCCAAAGUGUUAUUUUUAAUUAAAGGGUGGUUCAUCAUUAACUUUUAGUAUGUUAUAGAAUUUUAAGCAACUUUUCAAUUGGUCUUUAUUUUUUUAUAGUGUUUGAAUUUUUUUUGCCUUUUUCCAACUUUCAAAUGGGGAUCACUGACCCAUCUAAAAAAAAAACAAAUGCUCUGUAAGACUACAAAUGUAUUAUUCUCAAACUAAAGAGUUGCUGAAUAAAAAGUUAUUAACUCAAAAACCACAAAUAAUGAAAAAUGAAAACCAAUUGCAAAUUAUCUCACAACACCACUCUCUAAAUCAUACUAAAAGUUAACUCAAAGAAACAACCCCUUUAAAUCAAGGAGAUUCCAGAAGUGAAUAUCUAUAUUUUUAUCCCUGUCUCUCUAUAAGUUGUUCAUUCUUCAUCUAGUUGCUGCCAGUAUUUUUUUGCCUUUUUAGAUUACUCAAACCCAUUCCAGUGAUGACUUACAAUAUAAAUGGUGUCACUGAAUAACUUUGCUCAUGUGUAAAAGUUUCUGAAAUAACUGUAGCAUUUUUGAGACCCUGAUAUGUAUUCCAUGCAUAUUAAGGGAACAGAGAGCUUGUUUAUCUGCAGGAUUUGUUGCCUUAAUAUGGAUGGACUGCUUUCCACUGCUAAAUAUGGAGUAACCAAUGACACAAAAUCUUUCUACUUUUGUAUUGUUAAAAUGUGCCUAUAACAUGCUUAUACAGCACAUGGCUGAAAUAGUAAAACACAAAGCCUACUUACAAAAAAAUAUCUGCCUAUUGCAAUGUGCAUUUUGCACUGUGAAUCACAGAGAGACAUUAUUUUAUGCCUCAUGUGCAAAGAUUUGUAAACUGGGAAUGUAACUGAAUAGACCUGAUAAAAUGUGAUAACAAACUGUCUGUUAAACAAUAAGGGCAGAGACACACGCUCAAAUUUGGGGAAAUUUAGUCGCCAGGUGAUAAAUUACCUCUUCUUCAAGGCGACUAAUCUCCCCAAACUGCCUCCCGCCAGCUAGAAUCGAAAUCGCCGGCGGGGUGGCACUGAGAGUGCUUCUUUUUCCAAAGUUUCUUCGUGAGUCAAUGAACGAAAACGAAGCGCACCAAUUGCCAUCCCACCGUCGAUUUACAUUCUAGCCGGCGGGAGGCAGUUCGAUUUACAUUCUAGCCGGCGGGAGGCAGUUUUCACAUAGGAAGCAUUGGACAGCUCUGAUUCAGAUAUAAUUAUGUACUGUAUAUUACAGGAUCUCAUCAAAAGAAGUUUAUUGGCUUUCAAUGUUUUGACAUCAUAAAGCAUCACAAGCAGACACAUAUAGAUAUUUUGAUGUCUUUGUUGUAAACACUGAAAAUUUUUUUUUUUUCCUUUUUGCCCAAUUUAAUAAAGAACAUUUGCCAGAUU